AUGACAGGAACUUUAUAUUCAAUUCCGUACCCAAGUUCGUUCUCUACUUCCUUCUUUCUUUCUUUCUUUCUUUCAUUAUUUCUUUCAUUGUUUCUUUCUUUCUUAGUUCUUUCUUUCUUUUCCAGUUCUUUCUUCUUUUCUUUCUUUCUUUCAUUAUUUCUUUCAUUGUUUCUUUCUUUCUUUCUUAGUUCUUUCUUCUUUUCUUUCUUUCAUUAUUUCUUUCAUUUUCUUUCUUCUUUUCUUUCUUUCUUUCUUUCAUUAUUUCUUUCAUUGUUUCUUUCUUUCUUAGUUCUUUCUUCUUUUCUUUCUUUCUUUCUUUCAUUAUUUCUUUCAUUGUUUCUUUCUUUCUUUUUUAGUUCUUUCUUCUUUUCUUUCUUUCUUUCUUUCUUUCAUUAUUUCUUUCAUUUUCUUUCUUCUUUUCUUUCUUUCUUUCAUUAUUUCUUUCAUUGUUUAUUUCUUUCUUUGUUCUUUCUUUCUUUUUUAGUUCUUUCUUGUUUUCUUUCUUUAGUUCUUAAUUUCGUUCUUUUCUUUCUUUCUUUAUUCUUUCUUUCUUUAGUGCUUUCUUUAGUUCUUUCUUUCUUUCUUUCUUUCUUAGACCUUUCUUUCUUUAUGGAUUUCUUUCGUUUUUUCUUAUUUCUUUCUUUCUUUUGUUCUUCCUUCUUUUCUUCUGUCGGUAGUUCUUUCUUUCCUUCCUUCCUUCAUUAG